AGACGGCGUAGUAACAUCAGGUACUUCCUGCCCUCUGUUUGGGUUAUUGUGGAUUUAGACUGCACUUUACUACAUUAUUUGGUGCGGCUGGCACAAGGUUUGCCAGAAGUAUAUGUUUGAGCUUCACUGUUUGAGGCAAGUUAUGCUGUGUUUAUAUUAGGGUUCCUGUGGCAGUGGGCAGGCAUGUGAAAAUGCCUUUCUGCAUCACUUAAAAACUUAUUGACAGUGAUAUGCAUCCCUCUUUUCAGUAUGGCCAUCAUCUGGUGGUAUGGGUCUAAAAGAGUGUGUAAAGGAUAAUAAUAUGAAAAACUAUUCUAAGAAUGCUUUAAUCUUUUGGUAGACUUUUAGAAGUUUGAUGCUCAUUCUACUCCCAUCAAUAAUUCCUUGAAUUAUUUUAUUCUGCUCGUCUUGUACUACCAUGCAUUUUUAAGAACAGUAGGAAUGAUGUUGGCUGACAAAAGUGAACAGAAUUACUAAACUGGAAAUUUGGAGGGAGCAAUGCCACAUGGCAGCUAGACCAGUUUAUAGAUUGCUUCUGAUUAAAUGCAUGCCCGAGUGUUUGGAAGCUCAUCGUUUUUACAGGAUUGCUGGGUGCCUUAGUUGCAUUGUGGUUUUCAUUUCUGUUUUUUUUCUUUCUGCGAGGAGCGUGAAUUGAAAUAUUUUCUCAUGUGAGCCUCAUGUUGAUCUGUUGCAUCUUUUUCUGUUGAACUGAUCCAAUUCAUUCAGUUUGACGGAAAGUGUGUAGUUCUUUGAGGUUCCUCCACUUGCAUUUGGUAGUUUCGUACUUCUGAACAACUUGUUCGUAAUGUGUCUUUUUGUCCGCUUUGUUCAAACCUUUUCUGGCAAAACAUGACCUCACUUAAUGUAUCUUUCCAUUGUCAUCUAUCUUUGUAUUAAUCUUCUGAUUUUCCAGUUCAGUUGGCAAUUGACAUGGUUACAUUCUUGUUUGAAUUAGUUUAUCACUAUCCUGUUUUGCUUCGACUUACUCUCAAAAUAUCAAAUACCUUUUAGUUUUUUACUAUGGUUAUGAAAUUUUACAGUCUUUACUAAUUGUUACUAUGCCCAGGGAUAAUGGUCGUUCUACAGGAGUCAGUUGCUUUUACUCUAAUUUCACAGCUGUGCCUUUUGGGCAUGCGUGCUAGCAAUAAGGUCCGGAAAAAAAUUGAUUGUUGAUCCUGUUCCUACCAUUUCCAGGUAACUUUCUCUAUUUCUCUAUGACUAUAUCUGGCCUUAACAUGCUUUUACGUGCUUGAGAAAGCAAUAUCAGUAAUACCUCAACCAUCCCCUUUUUUUCGAGAAAAUGCAAAGGACUCUUUGCGUUUCAUUGCAUUGAAAAGAUGAGAAGAUACAAUCCUCCUAGGAGGUGGUGGUUACAUCCCAUUUUUUUGCCCUUUAAGGAAAUGUAAAAGCUUGGUGCUUCAGUGUAUUGAUAAAAUGGAAAAGUUGGUAUUUACAAGCCUAAAGUUAAGCUGAACCCCAGCACGCAGACACAUUAAUAUCUCAGAGGCACUCACAUAGGGCAGCAGCAGGUUGAGGCUUCCUGCGCCUGCCAUAGCCCAGGAGCGUGCCUCCGAUUUGAUUUGUUGGACCAACUCGUAGAUGUCUGGGUGCUCCUCAUCAAAGGUGCUAUGAGGAAAGGAACAUAUAUCAAGUCUAGACUCUAGCUUCAGGUUGCCUCAUACACCAUCAUGUCGUUGUAUGGCUUUCUUAUUAAAUUUCUGACGGAACCGGCUUCAUCAGCAAUUUGUAUGGUGAUUGAAGUGCAUUGCACCGCCCUUUGAAUCUAAUGCGCUCAUCUGGACCAUAAUGGGCAACGUACGCUUCAUACGUCACAACAGAUGAUCUCAAUAUUAACUAUCCCACCAAACCGCUCCACAGAACUGCCGUUAAUCAUUGGUCAGGGAGGAUGUGUAUUCUCAAAGGACCCGUAUCUAACGCAUUUGCUUGUAGAUCCUUCUUAUGUUCACGCUGAGACAUCCAACUUUAAUCCUUCAAUUUCGGCCUCCACUAACCUGAGGUCGUCACAUGUGAGUAAGAAGUCUUUGCAUUAAGUUUUGAAAUGAGGUUAUCCCUAGUGCUUGACACGAAAGAGGUCAACAUAGAGGAGAGAAAGGCUCAUUCCUAUUCGGUCAUUAAAGCCCACAAGGAAUUCUUGGUAUGCUUUACCUCUUAUUCUCUAUUAGAAUGAAUGGUACGCAUGCUUCCCACUGGAUAUCCAUGCUUUAUGUCUUUCUCUUCUCUGAAAGUUGGAAGGCCCCCCAUCCUUGUAUGCAUCCAGGGUGAUUUAUUGGCAGGUGUUAUAGCUCCUGGUAUCUGGUCUUGGUUUUCUAAAGGAUGUUGUAGCAAAUAAGUAAGGGACAGUUUUUUGGGGCUAAUGGCCGGCUGUGGAAAUAAGCUGCCCCCUACCCAGCUUAUUCUAGAAGCUCAACCUAAAAUUUAAAUUUAGAAGAUCAAGUUAUCAGGGAAUCAACAAUUUUAUCUCUAGAAUGAAUUUGAUAUUUCAACCAAGUAUCAUUUAGUACCAGAACUAUUGCUGAUUCUGGAAGAAAGAAAUAUUCCUUCCUUACCUACCUUUUUUACGUGUAUAAUACAAGCUGUGUCAUCAUUAGCUUUUUGUUGCUUUCCAGAAAGGGCCUUUGGUUUAAUAGUUGUUAAACAAUUACGUAAAGAAAAGUAGUCUGCUAUGACUUUCCCUACGAACAUCCCUUUUUAUCUGGAUUACAUUUCCCUAACCAAAUACAGAUACCAGUCUGCUGAUGGUGAUUGUUAUUUAAGCGUAUUUCCCCUCAACGGUUCAACUUGAGCCUCUUAAUUCAAUCUGGGGACCAGUAUUUAUUUGUCAGAUUAGAUGAUAAUAUUGGGGUGUUUUAUAAAGGGUAGGAUGGGAGCAGAUGCUUACGCCACUGGUCUGCAAGUUUAUUGCUUAAGAGGUGAAGUGGUGUUUACUUUCCAUAUCUUGAGAAUUUUAGAGAAUGCUAGGAGUUUCAGAGAAAGUGAUUCUGUCAUUUGAGUUUGGCCCUCAGAGUUAUCGCCUUUCAAGUGUACUUGGAGUAUGCUUUGCAAAGUAUCUUUGUUUGUCUGAUGCCACCCUGUCCUAGCCUCCUAGGUAUCUUCUAUUAUCUGUUGAUGCCUCGAUGGUUAUAGUUUGGACAUUCAAAAUACUAGUCGGCACAACUCUAUGUCACGGUGCUGCCUGUAAAUGAAAAAAAUAUAUGGCCCAUUACAACCCUUAUCAUGUGGCAAUGUGCUACCCCAGUUAGCUUCUGGAAUAGCUAACUUGAGUUUAUGAGUAUCAUGCUUUUGUUAGACUUGCGGUGGAAUGGAGGGGGGUCAUGUGAUUUUUUUUCUUUUACAAAGUGUUAUGUCAGGAUUACUAAAUCUUUGUAGUUUCUUGUCACUAGGAACUUAAAAAGCUGUGGUACUGAUUUUUCAGGUCGCAGAUCUCCAAAUUGCAUGUUUUUUCAAAUGUUAGAGCAUGUCCAGAUGCUCCUUCCCUUGGAGUUGGAUUGUCAACAGGUUCGAACUAACUUGAAACCUACCCUGGCACACCAACACCCCUCGUCCACUCUCAGCACAAGAUGGCAGGGUCUUUCUACUUGUGUUGACUGAAGUCUCUCUCCUCUCCACAGUCCAGACUCCACAGUAUACAGCUUCCAAAAACUAUGGUGUCCCUUUAUGCUAUGGUUUAGGUGCCAUGGCAUCAUUUUAAUAAAUAAUAAUCAUGCCACUUUAACCUUUUCAAGGAAAUAUGAGUCCAAAUUAGUGUAACUAUAUUCGUAAUGAGGAUAUAUUACUUGAGUCACUCGACAUUGUGUGCUCAUUUUUCUUGAAAUUAGUUCUCUAAAGUAGAACUGCUUACUGAACAUACAAGUCCACUGUGUGGUGCACGAUGGCACACACAUCCUUUCAGAGGAAUGUGCAAGUGGGAGAAUGAGAGACUCACUGCCUGUAGCAAGUACCUUCCUAUCUGUAACAUAAUGAUUUUCCACCAAAAUGUUCUUGAUAUUGUUCUCCUUCCCACUCAUUAGGAUCUAAAAUUCCCUCCAAGCUUACCAAGUUAUGGGGUUUAAUAAUCAAUUCCAUCUCACUGCAUCCCACAAGUCCCACCAUACUGAUUACUAGAAGUAGAUCACUCGAGGUCAGGUGAACUCGUGCCAAGUAAAAGUAAAAUUGACAACCUCUUAGAAUUUGAAAGGAUCUCAUCAGGCACACGUCGGCAUACACUCUGAAAAGACCACCAUGGGAAGGUGAGAAGAGAAGGGAACUCCAUGUACCUAUAAAAUGACCCUAUCCAUCACAUCUUCUGCAGCCAAAGCAUAUUUCAUGGACGAACAUGCACCCGAGAUUCCAGUUAGUUAUAGCAGUUCCUCCACUUCACCAGCCAGCAGCGUCUGGGAGAGUCACGAGAUCAUACAGAAGCAUGCACCCUUCCCCUUAUGGAGCCCCCACACUGGCACACUCCUUGCCUCUGCGGCCACUGACCCGGCAACCUUCUGCGAGGACCCCUCUUCACCAGCCCGCACACACCUUCCAAGCAGGCAUCUAUGGAACCAGACUGACCUUAGCAUGGGAGCUCAUGGGAGCAGCAACGAGCUUGGCGGGAGCAGUGGCCACGGAAAGGACUUCCUUUCCUUGCUCGAAGCGAGGACGGUGAUGCCAGAAAUGCUCGAUGAUUUCUCCUCGGCGGCAUGCGACUACCUCAAAGGGAUGGACGGCAGCGACUACAACAGCAUCUCCGGAUCAGCUUCCUAUGGUUUUGACAGUGGCGGUCCGUACGCUGGCCCCAGUGCUCUGCCCGUCAGCUGUGAUGGGAUUGCGAGUUCUCCACCAGUGUACCUUGGGAACAGUACCUUUGUGCAAGAGAGCAUGAUGGGUUGCAUGCCAAGCCACAACCACGAGGUAAAAGAUGGUUCCCAGCAGCAGGAGCUUGGAGCUCCCAUGAAUGCAUUCCUGCAGAAAACGCUUCCUACUAGUGUUGCAAUUCAUGGAAGCCCUCUGGGUUAUUCUGGCUCUGGGAGUGAAAGGGUUUUUCAGGAGGGCCGAGUAAUGCAGGUUUCAUUUGGUGCUAGGAUUUCACCAGAUGCAAUCUAUGCUAGUGGUUACAGAUCAAAAACAGAAUUGUCAGAUACCAAUCAGCAUGAGCAACGUACUGUUUCGGCAAGGACUGGUACAGGUCAAAGUGGUGCUGCAGGUGAUCCUAAGAAGAGAAAAUCAGAGGAAAAGUUGGCAGGCAACGGAAAGAGGUCGAAGAAAGAUACUUCAAGUAGAUCACCUCCCAAGGCAGAAGUGCCUGAUAUGAAGUUGGGAGAGAGAGACAAGAUCAUAGCAUUGCAGCAGAUCAUCUCACCGUAUGGGAAGACAGAUAGAGCAUCAGUGUUGUAUGAAACCAUCAAGCACAUCGAAUAUCUACAUGAGCAGAUACAGCUAUUGAGUGAACCCUACAUGAAGAAUAGCACAAACGAGGUGCCCUUUCAAUGGGGAGGUAAAGAGGAGGAUUUGAGAGGCAGAGGGCUUUGCCUGGUCCCUGUUUCGUGCACCCCGCAAGUUCUCCAGGAUAAUAGCCUGCCGGACUGCUGGACGCCGGUGUACAAGAGCUCCCGGUACCAAUGAUCCCAGCGAUCGCAUGUUUCCUUUAUCACCUCUACUUGUCACGCUCAUGAAUUGGUUGGGGUGUUUACGACUUUACGGAUAGUCGGUUAUUUUGCUUGCGUUCUCCUUGUUUUUACUUUACUAUACUAGUUUUGUUUCCGCUGUAUUGUAUGGUGGCCGAUGUGUAGUAUAGAAUAACAAAGUUGGGGGUCUUAGAUCUUUGGCUUUGUGCGAAAACGGUGCCGAUUCAGGCUUAGCACUCGCUAUUAGGAGAACAGUAUAACUAUUUCCGUCUUUUGAAGGUUGAACCGCACUGCUUGUACUCGAUGUUUCCAUGGCA